AUGAAGGCAGUGGUUGCAGAUGGAGAACAAGGAAUAGAGUACGUUACAAAUGCAGAAAAACCAACCCUGACCAAAGGACAUUUGUUGGGUCGUGUUUUACAUAUUGGGCUGAAUCCGAUUGAUUGGAAAAUAGCUUACAAUGUACCGAUUCCGAAGGGCGCAAUCGGCGGAACCGACUUUGUGGCAAUUGUAGAAGAAGUUGGAGAGGGAGUGGAUGCCUCCAAGUACAUGGGUGCUAGAGUUGCAGGUUGGGUGCCUGGGUUUUUCUCGAUUUCGGGAUCCGCUUGGGCUGAAUACGUUUGUGCGGAUGCCAAACUCGUUUACCUUGUUCCGGAUAGCAUAUCAUCUUUAGAGGCUUGUACACUUCCUUGUGCCCUCACCACUGCUUCCCAAGGAAUCCAUCAACGAAUUGGAUUACCAUUGCCUCGACCCGAUGGCUCUGCCAAUCCGUCACGAAGGAAAUGGUUCUUGGUCUGGGGCGCCUCUUCGGCCGUUGGCCAAUAUGCUGUUCAAUUGGCAAAAUUAGGAGGUUGUGAUGUCGUCGCGAUUUGUUCUGACAAAAAUGCUGAAAAAAUAAAGAAACUCGGAGCCUCCUUCGUUUUUGACUAUCAUGAUUGCCAGGUGGUUGAGAAAAUCAAGCAAGCUACGGAUGAUUCUGUAUUCUUUGGCUUUGACGCCAUCAGUCUUCCACAAACUAUUACGAAGUGUAUCAUGGCAUUUAGCCUAGAAGCAAAAGCUGCGAAACUUAUUACUGUAUUGGGGCCUCCAGAGAACCCUCGUGAAGAAGCAGUCGACAUCAUUACCGCAUUUAGUUUUUCCUUGUUUAAUGAGAAGUUUGAUUUUUAUGGUGAAACAGUGCAAGGCAAUAAUGAAGAUUAUGAACAUACAACUAAGCUUUUUGAGGUACUGCCGACAUUACUGGAGAAAGGCAUAAUAGUCGCUAAUUCCAUUAGAGAGUUUAAAGGUGGAUUAGAAGUGAUUCCUGAUGCUUUAAGAGAGUUUUCGUCUGGAAACCACAGUGCUGUAAAGUUUGUCAUUAAUGUUUAG